AACUGUUGCGUCCACUGCCAUAUUUAUUGUUUUACAUGACGUCAUGAUUGUCAAGUCUGAGCUUUCAUAGAGUUCUGUGUUUACAACUUGUAAUUACCAGUUCAACGAAGACAUUAACACUUUUUUACAAGUCAGAAUCUCAUAAAUAAAGUGAUUUUGACAUUAUGUGAACACACCAUUACACUGACACAUAGGGGCCUGAAUGAUACAUCAUUCAAAUGCAAAAGUUUUCAGUUACAGAUGCCAUUGUAGAAAUUCUCUAGAACUUUUCACAGUCAGCCAUGAUUCAUUGAAUUAAUGAGUGAAAGUGUCCAAUAACAGACCGGUUGCUGAGAUUAAGCCAGAAGAAUUUCACUGGUCAUGUGAUCCUAUCAUGGCAGCCCCAAUUAGGAGACCCUCUCCAUGUGGAAUAAAACUGCUUUCAUAAGGUUACUGAUAUGAUUUUAAUGUGAGUGCUCAUAUGUUUCAAAAUGCUGAUUAAUUUCUCUAUUUUAAAUUAGGAAGAGAAAAAAAGGCAGGCGCGCCUUUAAUUCAUAGGCUACAUGGAAAUUUGUGUGUCUUUUAUCACACCACGUGACUAUUCAAAACAAGUAACUAGCCAAGGCACAAUUGUCAAAAACUUCAAUAGUGAACAAUUACGGGGCUUAAAAUAUACACUAUAUCCCUUACUCUUUCAUUUAAAUUUGAACCUAAAUACUUCAUGUUCACUAUUUAAAUAAAAAAUUUUAACUUAAUGCGUCAACUACCUAUAUUCAUAUGACCGAAUCUCUGCCACAUACUGUACGUGUCUCAAAAUUAUAACUUUAUAUUAUAUGCCAACAAAUAUCCAUUAUAUAACUGGGAAAAUGACUUAAAAUAGUAAAGCAUACUGACGACAUGUAUAGUGUUAAUCAAAGUUGACAGUCUAGUUGUGAUCACAUGGGUCCUAGAGUGCGUGUGUGUUUUUUUAGGCAGCCUGAUAAAAUGCCCGAUCUCGUUAUUCGUUUUUCCCCAAGAUGGCGUCGAUGAGGGAGAGCGACACCGGCCUGUGGCUCCACAACAAACUGGGAUCGACGGACGAGCUGUGGACUCCUUUAAGCAUCGCGUCCCUUCUCACAGUUUCUGUCAUUGACAAUAUACGGCUGUGUUUCUCCAGUCUUUCGCCUCCGGUGAAGCUGAAACUCUUGUUGGGGAUGCUGCACCUCCCGCGCAGGACCGUGGACGAGAUGAAGGAGGCUCUGUCAGAGAUUAUUCAAUUGGCCACAGUGGACUCUGAGCCAUGGGUGUUAAUGGUGGCUGACAUCCUAAAAUCCUUUCCAGAGACGGGCUCACUAAAUCUGGACCUGGAGGAGCAGAAUCCUAAUGUACAAGACAUACUUGGAGAGCUACGUGAGAAAGUGAAUGAAUGUGAAGCGUCCACUAUGUUGCCUCUGGAGUGUCAGUACCUGAAUAAGAGUGCUUUGACCACGCUGGUGGGGCCACUUACUCCACCCAUCAAGCACUUCCAGCUGAAGAGGAAACCCAAGAGUGCAACACUCAGAGCUGAACUCCUGCAGAAAUCAACAGAGACUGCCCAGCAGUUAAAGAAAACAGCAGGAGUGCCGUUCCACUCCAAAGGAAGAGGAUUGGUGAAGAAGAUUGACACCACAACGCCGCUGAAGGGCAUUCCUAAAGCACCAUUCCGCAGCCCGACAACCCCAAGCAUGUUCAGCCCCCCCAGCAACAGAACGCCUAUUGCUCCUGCUCGCACGCCCCUGCGCAAGGAGAGGGGAGUCAAGUUGUUAGAUAUAUCCGAGUUGGAUAUGGUAGGAGCUGGUAGAGAAGCUAAGAGGAGAAGAAAGACUUUGGACACAGAAGCUGUAGAGAAGGCCGCCAAAGAAGAGGCAGUGGUGGAGAACGCAACACCAGACUAUGCAGCUGGCUUGGUGUCAACACAGAAACUGGGGGCGCUAAACAGCGAGAGCACACUGCCAUCAACCAGUUACCUUCCAGCCACCCCCAGCAUGGUUCCUUCCUCGUCCUACAUUCCCAGCUCAGAGACACAGCCAGCCAACGCAGGAGGUUCAGGGCGUGAAACUAUAAACCGGCAGUCGGAGGAGUCGUCCACUCCCAACACCGCUUCUGCUUCGUUACCUGGCCAGUUCAAGCAGCGGCCGCCCAUGUAUAAUGCCAGCACUGCCAGUCCCACUGCCCCCACUUCACCCACAACGCCAACCAGCACACCCACUAAUAAUGCUCCGCCCCCUGCCGCCACGGCAACACAGCCAGACAUGCCCACACAGCCGCCCACCACUGCAGCUCAGCCCGCACUCACACCAGCACCUCCACAAACCCAGCCUAAAAAGAACCUGUCGCUCACGAGAGAACAGAUGUAUGCUGCACAGGAAAUGUUCAAGACUGCAAACAAAGUUACACGGCCGGAAAAAGCCCUUAUCCUGGGCUUCAUGGCAGGAUCGCGAGAGAACCCCUGUCCAGAACAGGGUGACAUCAUUCAGAUCAAACUGAGUGAGCACACAGAAAUUCUGCCUAAAGCGGAUGGAACCGGCAGCACCACCAUGCUAGUGGACACAGUGUUUGAGAUGAACUACUCUACUGGGCAAUGGACCCGACUCAAGAAAUACAAACCCAUAACCAACAUCUCCUGAGGAGAACUGGUUUAACUAUACCACACACUUACGAACUCCCAAUCAGCACGUGUUUACAUAGACGCAUAUGUAUACAUUCAAACACCCCUCUUCAAUGUCAUCUGAGGAGGACUGCUUUAAAUAACACACACACAAACAAAUCAUGUACAUGAACUAGAAUGUACAUAUAUUUUCGGGCCAAAUUCAGAGGUAUUGGGAAUGUGCUGUUGUGACUCAAAGUGGGGAAAUGUUUGGAUAUUGUUCCAGACCAGUGCAAAGGAAUUCUUGUUUGGUGCACCUCAUGUCUCUGUUCCUGCGUUGAAAAAGACAGGGACCCUGUUGUAAGACUUGUUUUCUUUAUCUUUUUGUUAACGUUUGUAUCGUCGCCCAUUUAAAAUUUUCUAGUGUUAAUUGUGACAAAAUCGAGAGAGAGCUUUUUAGUUGUCUUAACCUUCUUUUGAUUGACACUAUUGUGAGAUCUGUAAAAGGGUACAAACAUGCUAUUACAAUGUUUCACAAAUGAAACCAAAGCAUCUGUCUGUUUUCUCACUCAGUGUUUAAAAAAGGUUCCUCCUUGAACAACGGACAGAAAAUUAAAAUGAAAACAAAAAGUGAACUAGGUGUAAAACAGGAUAAUUUCUGUUUAAAGCAAAGGAAACAUAUCCAGAUGUAUAGUG